UACAGAAACUGUCAUUUCGUCAAAUGAAAUUUUGCGACAGGUUUUCUUUUCAAUAAAGAAUUAUGGGCUUUGGUGAUUAUCCUCCGGAAUACGAUGCCAAGCAUCAUGGACCGUAUAACCCGGCCCGUUACUAUGGCAAACGUGAUAUUCCAUUCAGCAAUGUAAAAUUAGGCGAAUUAGCCGCCUGGUUAUCUCGUCGUGAAAAAAGCCCUCAUGCAUUGGUAGCAAUGGUCAGUCGUGCGUGGUGGCGUUGGAAUCAUAAAUACGUCAUGCCGAGACGAGCUGGUAUUGCUCCGUUGUUUCAUCUGAUUGGUGGAUCUUGCUUGUUCUGCUAUAUUAUUAAUUAUGGAAGUAUUAAGCACCACCGCAAUUACAAAUAUCAUUAAAAACUCAAAGAAGCGUCAUCUUCUGCAAGCACUGCUGCUUCAGUACUAUAUAAACUGUCUUUACACUUCACUAUAAAUAUAUCCAUACAGAAUAAACAGAAUAAAUCCA